AUGAUCAUUGCCAAUAUGCUUGCCGCCCGAAACGGCGUGGGCAGUGCUGCAAACAGUCCCGUGACCGUCAGGAAACGUGCAGGCAGUAGGAGUGUCAAAGAUUCAGGAAAGCGCACAACUAUAUUCGAUAACAUACCAUCCAGGUCACGAUCGACGAGGACUCCUAAGAGAGAACCGUUUGAUCAGAGUUUUGAGGUGUCUAUGCUGGAUAGUGGGUUGGGCAGUGCAAAACACUACCCCAGCGGCAAGAAGAAACGAGACCGGUCGAAUACCGUGGCAUCGUCGUCUGUGGAGAAGAAGGGAAGCAUUAAGAGCGGAAGUAUAAAGAAACACGGCAGCGUUAGCAGUAGAGAUGUGCUUCACGCGAAUGACGG